ACUUUUGUUUUUAUAAUUCCGGAUUUUCAAGUCAAAAUGCAACUUUGUUGCCUUUUUGGGCGUUAUUUUAUUCAUAUUUUCGGAAAAAUUAGAUAAAAUGUUAUUCAAGUCGGUAUUUAGUGUUGCCUAUCGAUCGCAUUGUGGCGCUCAAUUUAAAUUCUCAGUUUUUUGCUUUUUGAACCAGAAAUUCUUGACAAACUAACUUCUACUUCCAAAGUUGUAUUUUAAACUACAGUCUGAUCCGAAAGUGUCGGACAAUCUCUCAGGUGGUGAUAAAGGACAUCAAACUGAAUUAAAUGUUCCCUUUUUUAAGUUAAAUUUUGGUGUUUCAGGUCACACGUUACGCCUUUUCCACGAAACAACAGUCAAAGACUCAAGUGAAAAUUUGGAAAAGUUCUGUCAAGUCAUCGAAACAAUCUUCCACAAAGGUUUAAUCGAAAAACAUAAUUUUUAUAGCAAAAAAAUCGAAGUUUUUGCAUGGAUGUCCACGAUAUCGUCCGGUGACGAACUCAUUGAUUUUAUUUACCAAAAUAGCGUGCAAGAAGUACAAAAAUGUAAGAGCGUUAAAACACCAAUAGGCAAAUUUCGACUUUUAAUUAGAUACUGUUUGGUAAAUAAAUGUUUGCACUUUCCUCUAGAAGCCUUGAACAAAUCGGACAAAAAACCGUACAUUUACGAAAGAAACUCGAUAAUUGGUGACGAAAUCCUCUCCACAAUUCUAUUAUCCGUGCUACUCCAGUGCAAAAAAAUCAAUUUCCAAUUGGAUUUAUUCAAUUACUAUUUUCUGGACUUGACAUGGGGAAUCCCCGAUCGGGUCAAACUCGAGCUCGUCCCUUGCCAAAGCCUCGGAAUCAACAUCAGUUUUUCGGAAAAUCGCGCCGUGAUCGUGCACAUACGCCCCAACAGCGUCGCCUCCGAAUCAGGCGAAAUCACAGUCGGUGACAUUUUAGCGAACUUAAACGACGUCGAAAUAAACUCAUCCUGCAAAGGUCGCUUAAACACAAUCCUGCGACUGUCUAAAGGCCGUCCAAUCAAUUUAAUCAUAAUUAAAGCCUCGCACAAUAAUGAUAUUUUCGCCCCUUUUAAAACCAUCCUUCGAGACCUGAAACUGGGCGCAAAUCACGAGCAAACCCCGCGCCAAAACGAGCCAAAAUCCGGCUUCAAAGCCGCAUAUUUGGGCUGCGUGAGCGUUGGCUGCAAAGGUAGCGUGAAGCAGAUCGAAGAGGCGCUCAAAUUUCACCUCAAUAAGUUCGAAAUUAACGACAGGAAGCCGGUAAGUAUCGAAAUUGGGGAAAUCAACGUGAAAAUUCUGCUGGAAACUGGCGAGAUUCUGUUCAAACAUUCGUUCAUGCAAAUAUCGUCGUGCGGAUCUGCGCCGAAUUUGCCGAAUUAUGUUGCAUACAUAGCCGGGGAGGAAAAUUGCGACACGGCAAAUAAUUUUGUUUGCUACAUUUUUUACGUGCAUGAUGUUUCGCUGGCGUACACGAUUUUACAAAGCAUUGGGGUUUUACCGGACGCAUUUCGCCGUUUGAAAUCAAUAAACUUAUAAAUUUCA